UUAGCCCUAAAGGCCAAUACCCAAAUUCUUAUCAUCCCUUCUCUCUCUUCGAGCAACUUCUCUCUCACGUGUAAUCGGAGCUCUUGCCGGAGGUACUUCGUAAAAUCAUUUCUGUUCUCUGACCGAUUUCCGGAAAAAAAAAAAAAAAACACCGGAGCCAUCACUCACUGUUUCUCCUCAGAAGGUGAGGUCUCUGAUUCCCACUUUUUAAAUCGAAGACCAGAGAAUGGCAGAGGGAGAUGAGGACUUGCCAAGAGAUGCAAAGAUCGUAAAGUCCCUACUCAAAUCAAUGGGUGUGGAGGAUUAUGAACCUCGUGUUAUACACCAGUUUUUGGAGCUAUGGUAUCGUUAUGUUGUUGAUGUAUUGACAGAUGCCCAGGUUUACUCGGAGCAUGCUGGCAAAUCUUCAAUUGAUUGUGAUGAUGUUAAGCUUGCUAUUCAGUCAAAAGUUAAUUUCAGCUUCUCACAACCGCCACCAAGAGAAGUUUUACUAGAAUUGGCUAGAAACAGAAACAAAAUCCCAUUGCCCAAGUCAAUAGCUGGACCUGGUAUCCCACUUCCACCAGAGCAGGACACCUUGAUUAGUCCAAACUACCAACUGGCUAUCCCAAAGAAGCAGCCUGCCCAGGCAGUAGAAGAAACUGAGGAUGAUGAAGAAAGUGCUGAUCCUAACCCAUCUCAAGAACCAAAGACAGAUGUCCCACACAAUAAUCCUCAAAGAGUAUCUUUUCCUCUUACCAAACGUUCCAAGUGAGAAUUUCACACCCUCCCAGUUUAGAGGUUUAUAGCAUCAUGACCGGUAUUGAGAAGGAUGUCCUAGAUGUAUACCAAGAGGAAUUGAGUGGUGUACCAAUUAAGAAAGAAAUGUUGAAGGGGAACUCAGUAAUUUGUCCUUUUUUCUUCAUGUAAUCGGUUUGUGUAUUCAACCAUUCUCGCUUUUAUGAAAAUUUAGUUGAUAUACAGCAGUCAGUGUAUUUUCUCGUUCCCUUUU